CGCUCGUUACCAUCUACGCUCUUUAUUUUUCACGUUCGCUACUAUGAAGAUGACUCCUUUCUGGGCGUCAAUCGCCCUACUGCGCGUUCUCCCAGUCCUCGCUCAAACAACCACAACCCCAACCCCAACUGCCACCUCUGCAGCACCGAGCUGCACAGCUUCCCUCGUCACCAGUCUCUGCAGCUAUCCAACACCAGGCCCCGAUUUCGCCGUUGCCAGCGCCGGCAAAGCCUCCUGCUGGAACUAUUGCAAUGCCCACCCUCCCUGCAGCUUUGUCAUCUUCGCCGCCGGCAACCCUUACACGGGCACAGGCACCUGCUGGGUGUACCCCGGUGAAAGCUUCGAUGCGAGCGCCGGCAGCUCUGACUGCGCCAACCCCUAUCUGUCUGUCUACGACCAGCCCGUGUGCCGCGGUGGCACGCCUACCUCGGGCGAUUGUGCAGCGACUGCAUCGCCCUCUGCUGUCGCCUCGGUUUGCGGGUAUCCGACACCGCCUGAUGAUUGUUUCAGCACUUGUAGUGCUAGUGAAGGCGCAUCGGACUGCCUAAGCCAAUGUGCAAAGGCCGAUUCCUGCAGUUACGUCGUGUUUAAUCCGCAUAACCCAGACAACUCACCCUACGCUUCGGGCUCUUGUUGGAUGUAUUCGAAUGGUACCUACGACGCUGGAGCUGCGACUACUUGCAGUGGUCCGCCUGAGCAGUUUGUGUAUAAGAACGCGUGUCCUAAGCCAUCGCCUUCCUCAUCAUCUGCUCCAGCACGAUCUAGCACUGGAGCUGCUGGAACUGAAAGUACUGCAACUGGAACUGUUGGUUCUGGGACUGCAGUCGUCGCUAAUGCAGCGUUGGCUUCUACUACUAGUAAAACUUCGGCCUCUACUGCCCUCCGGUUCACUAACCCGCUCGCCAUAUAUGUGGCUGGAUUGCUAUGGCAGGCUAUUGCAUAAUAUGUUUGUUGCUAGGUGUAGACAACUGUUCAAUCACAUAGUUAAUCCAGUCCCUUAGACACAUUGUCAAAUAGCAGUUUAUUAUCACAUAAUGAGAGCACUUUGGCUUGCUUAGAAUCUAGUCUGAAGCUGCAGAAGAGCUUUUCCCGCUGUUUCCAGAAUUCUCAUAAGAGACUUAACUACAAU